AUGGAGAUAGAACGAAGUGAUAUUUUCUCAGAGAUCGGCAAAGAUGUGGAAGAAUUGCAAAAAUUGCUGUCAAUUGCUUCACGUCCAUUUGUCAAGAAAAUACUUGGCGAACUAAUCAUUAAACGUCAGAAGGAUGCAUGUUUUUCACAUUUUUUUUUAUUAAAUAUUUCUCCUUCGUUUUACGUUGAAAAAGCUGAAACAUUGAAAGCGAAAGGCAAUCAUUUUGCUGUAUCGCAAGUCAGUUCAUCUAGUCUUCCAUUACCUACAGUUAAAAUUACUGAUUAUGCAUGGGAUGAAAGUCAAAAGUUCGUGAAGUUGUAUUUAACUUUACCAAAUGUGCAAAGCUUACCUGAGGAUAGGAUACAUAUCUCUUUCAGUGAAAAGUCAUUGGAAGUGAUGGUUAAGGAUUUGAUGGGAAAAAAUUAUUCACUGGUUAUUAAAGGGUUAGCACAGCCCAUCAAUGUUGUCCAGUCAUCAUUCAAGGUACAGCUAAAGAAUGAUAUGCUGCUAAUCAUGAUGAAAAAAGCAAAAGAAAAUGAAGGAUGGUCUUGUCUAACAAAGGCUGAUAAGGACGCAAAAGAAAAAACCAAGCCAAAAGUCGAUGAACAUGCUGAUCCCCAGGAGUCAUUAAUGAAUAUGAUGAAACAAAUGUAUGAAGACGGUGACGACGAAAUGAAAAGGUCAAUUCGUAAGGCGUGGUACGAGUCUCAAAAUAAAGUUAAUGCGCCACCUGGAGAUUUUUGA